UCUGCAUUUGCUUGACAUCAGUGUGAAAUCUGGGACGUGUGAGUCAUCUGCACGUCUACGGAUCCAAAGCGCGUGACUCCUCAGAUCACAUGAUUAAGAAAGACAGCUGAGGAAACGGAGUUGACAGUCGAACCGAUUGUGUUCUUUUUGUGAUGUCCCAAGGCUAAUGACAUCAUAAACAAUACCACGCAUUGAGCAGUGAAGAUGAAUGCCCUCGUAGCACUUUGCCAUUUCUGUGAACUCCAUGGCCCUCGAACCCUGUUCUGCACAGAGGCCUUGCACCCUCCAUCCCCCUCUCCGCAGCCAGGACAGUCUAUUCCAGGAGAAAGGGACAGGGAUGCAGACAGAGAGGGAGAAGGACUCACCAUGAGAGCCCACAGCUCAGCCACUCAAAGGGCUGACAUGUGUGAAGGCUGUAGGUCCCUGCCUGCAUCUCACCCUGGGUUUGUGAGUGUGGACAGUGAGACUGGCAUACGCUUCCUGAGUCACCAGCACCCCAGGCAACCUCAACUUUUCAGUGUGGUUCGGCAAGCCUGUGUGCGGAGCCUCAGCUGUGAGGUCUGCCCUGGAAGGGAAGGUCCCAUCUUCUUUGGUGAUGAGCAGCAUGGCUUUGUGUUCUCCCACACUUUCUUCAUCAAGGACAGCUUGGCAAGGGGCUUUCAGCGCUGGUAUAGCAUUGUCAUGGUUGCCAUGGACAGGAUCUACCUCAUCAACUCAUGGCCCUUCCUGCUGCGCCACCUCCGGCUCACCAUACAGAGCCUACAGAGCACAGCACUCAAGGUGUUUGACAGCGAGCAGUGUGUAUGUCCUCAGAGGGCCGUGCGGAUGAACAGCGCGUUUUCCCCAGCCGUCUUCCCCCACCAGAGGAGUGGGAACGCUGCCCGAUCCCUGUCCUCUCUCACGCAGCACCCCAACUUAUGGGAGAGCCUCCACUCCUCAUUUAGCUGGUUGCUAAGGGCUUGUGGGAGUCGCCUUACAGAAAAGCUCCUAGAAGGAGCUCCUACAGAAGACACACUGGUACUCAUCGAAAGACAGACAGAGCAAGAGGAGGAGAGGAGUGUGUGGGAAGGGGCUGAAGGGGGUGGUUCUACACCUCCGCAGUUUGACGACUCAAGAGGGGACGAUCUACCUGGGCCAAAGUUCAAAUCCCUUAGACAUUUAAGACAGGUCCUGGGAGCUACAGAGUUCCGUCAACUGGCCUGGCAUGUGCUUAUGGGAAACCAAGUGAUAUGGAGGGGGGCCAAUCCAGUUCUCAUCCAUUCAGCUUUCAGCAUGCUCAAGGCAUUGCUCCCUGUCGGCUGUGUGCGUUCCGUAUACUACAGCUCUAAGUACGAGGAGGCAUAUCGAUGCAAUUUCCUGGGCCUAAGCCCUGAUGUCCCCAUCCCCGCCCAUGUCAGCUCAUCAGAGUUCUGUGUGUUGGUGGACGUGGCAAAUGCUGACAGAGGGUCCCUGUAUCCUGUCGUGUGUGAUGAUGACAUUCUCUCUCUCUACCAGUUCUGCAUCUACAGUGCCAACACACAGCCCACCGACAGAGGGCCUGCUUUAUUGAAUAAGCUUGAAGCAGCUCUGUCCAACGAGAACCUCUCAGUGGACGUAGUCUCCCACUGCCUCCUGUGUCUGAAGGAGGAAUGGAUGAACAAAGUGAAGGUGCUGUUUAAGUUCUCUAAGGUAGAUGGCAGGGGUCGUGAGGACACUCAGAAGGUUCUGGCCCUGUUGGGAGCUACAGGUCCUGGAGAGGAGGACAAUGUGCGGUUGCUUAAGUUCUGGAUGACUGGACUUAGCAAAACCUACAAGAGCCAUCUGAUGACGGCUGUCAGAGGGGGGGAAAGAACGCCCAGUGUGUGAGUGAGUGGGUGUGCGUGUGUGUGUGUGUGUGUGUGUGUGUGCGUGUGUGUUUGUGU